AGUCUCGCACAGCGCCAGAAAAUGGAACACAGCCCCGAUGGCAAAUAUGGCGAAAAUAUUUAUUACAGCAGCGGUCAGCAGGUGACACCUGAAAUGCCUGUGAAAAUGUGGUACGACGAGAUCGCCAAAUAUGACUUUGCCAAGUCGCAAUUCAAUCCGCACACUGGCCAUUUUACACAGCUUAUAUGGCGCGAUACAAAACAAGUGGGCGUGGCCUAUGCUGUGUCUGGUGAAAAGGCUUGGAUUGUUGCCAAUUAUGACCCGCCAGGAAAUGUGAACGGUUUCUUUCGUGAAAAUGUGCCGCCAAAAAAGUGA